AUGGCUGCCCUGGACCUGCAGUAUGGUCAGCCACACCAGCUUGCAUUACAGGGAAUAGCAGAACUCAUGGAUAGCCAAAGCAUCAACAGCGGUGACAUAAAAGCCUUCAGACUGUUUGCACUCAAAGUUCGUUCGCUGGUGGGUAUGCUGGAGCAACUCGGAAGGAAGGGCACCUUUGAACUGCAUUGUGGAUCCCAUGUUUCCAGACUGUUGGAGAAAUUACCACAUGAUCUCAAAUCAAGCUUUCGCCGGUUUGCUCAUCCACACCUUGUUCCAAUUCCAACACUCUUGGACCUCUCUGAAUGGUUGGAGUAUGAAAUUCAAGUACAGGAGGACAACUCUAGAUUUGUAACCAGCCAGCGUAGAGCGCCUACUGCACGGACCAGAGAGGUAAUCAAAGAACACAAGCCGUUUAAUAAAAACGCAAACAUUCUGCUGAACACUGAGAAAGCAACUCUUGAAACGCGUACCUCAGCUCCUACCAUGAAAGCUGUUCCAAAACCCUACUGCCCCUAUUGCGAUCACACUAAGCACUGCUUAAAUAACUGUUCAAAUUUCAAGCAACUCACUACAGAGCAGAGGCGACAGUGGAUCAGGGAGAACAACCGAUGUUGGCGCUGCGGCAGGAACCAUCAAGCAACAGAAUGUAGUCUGAAAAUGCGCUGCAAGCAGUGUAAUAAUCGACAUCUGCUAAUUCUUCAUGACAUUACAGUAAAAGGUGCUGAAAGCUCACAGUCUGUGCCACAUGAAGCUGUUUCCACCCGCGACACCAAUUCCUGUCUACUAAAUACCAUGAUCGAGAUUCUACUCAUUCGAAAGCCUCCUGCCAGCCGAAAAGUCCUGCUCAAGAUAAGUAAAGUAAUACUCAGAAAUGGAGAACAUCAGAUGACUGCCUACGCCAUCCAGGAUGACGGGUCAGAAAGAACCAUCCUUUUACACAGUGCCGCUCAGCAGCUUGGUCUCAAAGGUAAACCGGAAGACUUACCGCUCCGCACAGUCAGGCAAGAGCUCCAAGUCCUCAGUGGGGCAGUGGUGUCAUUCUCUAUCUCUCCACUGUCGCAACCCAAGAAGGUGUUCCACAUUAAAGGUGCAUUUACGGCCCAGCAACUAAGCCUGGCUGAACAUACCCAUCCAGUAAAAGCUCUAAAGGAGAAAUAUCGACACCUAAGAGGUCUGCCUCUACGGCAUUUAGAGACUGUCCAUCCUGUGCUGCUCAUUGGUUCCAACUACCCCCAUCUCAUAACUCCAGUGGAGCCAGUCCGUCUGGGACCACCAGGGGGGCCUGCUGCCAUCAAGACACGCCUUGGCUGGACAUUACAAGGGCCUGUGCCGCCUCUACAGUGGGAAAUGAAUGAACAGCACUGUUUCUUCACCUCAGUUUCAUCUUCUGAGAUAGAACGACUGUGGCAAAUGGAUGUGCUGCCUUGGCGCAGCGAAAAGACCAGCACCAGAUCCAAACAAGACCAUGAGGCUAUAAAGCUCCUUGACACCAAGACAGUCAGGGUGGAAGUAGAUGGGACCAAGAGAUAUGCCACUCCUCUUUUGUGGGUUAAAAACAUGCCGCAGCUCAAGGCACCCAAAGAGGCAGUGAUUUCACAGCUGAGAGCUACUGAAAAGAGACUGGCUAAAAAUCCAGACCAAGCAGCUGCAUACACAGCAGAGCUUCAUAAACUGGAACAAGCAGGCUAUGUAGUUAAGCUGGAUCAGCAUGAUGAAAAAGACUCUGCCCACUUAUGGUACAUCCCACACCAUAUGGUCCACCACAAUGGGAAAAACAGAGUAGUUUUUAAUUGCUCCUUCCAUUAUCAGGGCCAAAAUCUGAAUGACCUGUUACUCCCGGGACCAGUUCUGGGACCUUCUCUACUUGCUGUUCUACUCCGAUUCCGAGAACACUCCAUCGCAGUCAGCAGCGACAUACGUGGGAUGUUCCACCAGGUCCGGUUGCUCCCAGAGGACAGGCCGUUGCUGCGUUUCCUCUGGCGAGACCUCAAGGUACAAGAACAACCCAGUGUUUUUGAGUGGCAAGUCCUUCCCUUUGGGACCACCUGCAGUCCCUGUUGCGCAGUCUAUGCUCUUCAGAAGCAUGUCUCAGAUCACAGUGAACCUGGAGAAGAUGUCAGACAUUCUGUCAUGAAGUCCUUUUAUGUCGACAACUGUCUGCAGAGCUUCACUUCGACAGAAGAAGCCAAAACCUUUGUCGAUAAAAUCCGGGCCCUAUUGGCAGAUGGUGGUUUUGAAUUGAGACAGUGGUCUAGUAACCAGCCGUUAACUAUAAGUCACCUGCCCACAGAGCUGAAAUCAGCCAGUGCUGAUCUCUGGAUCUCUCACGGCAAAACAGACACACAAGAAUCUGCCCUGGGACUGAUUUGGAACCAUCAAACAGACACCAUUUCCUGCAGAUAUCGUCCCACAGAAAGUGCUGAGAUCACUAUGCGCAAUAUCUACAGAACAUUGGCUAGUCAGUAUGAUCCCCUGGGUUACCUGAUUCCAUACACCACCAGGGCUAAGCUCAUAGUCCAAUGCUUGUGGGACAAAAAGAGGGACUGGGAUGAUCCAAACCUUCCCCCUGAUCUAUUACAAACUUGGACAGAGUGGGAAGCAGAGUUACCUUCUUUACCAUACAUAGCCUUCCCAAGAUCUUAUACUAGUCCAGCUAAAGAUAAAGAAACAAGUCAGCGAGAUAUACACAUCUUUUGUGAUGCUUCUGAAAGAGCAUAUGGCUCAGUGGCCUAUCUAAGGACAGAAGACCAGCAGGGAAAUGUGGAAGUCUCGUUUCUUACAGCAAGAUCAAAAGUAGCACCCAAGAAGCAGCAGUCCAUUCCCCGCCUAGAGCUUUGUGCAGCGUUAACUGGUGCUCAACUGGCCAAAGUCGUAAGCACUGAGUUAACCUUGCCCAUUCAUCACAUCACUUUAUGGACUGACUCAACCACCGUACUUACCUGGCUCAAAUCUGAGUCUUGUAGAUUCAAAGUCUUUGUCGGCACCCGGGUGGCAGAGAUCCAAGAUAUCACAGAUCAGCACUCAUGGAGAUUUGUGCCAUCUUCCAGUAACCCAGCUGAUGACAUCACACGGGGACAGACAUUGAACGAGCUUGGUCCAAACAGCCACUGGUACCAGGGACCAUCAUUCUUAAAACACUCUCAGAGUUUUUGGCCUGAAACACCAUCUCCAGUGGAGGAAGAGGGAGCAGAGUUGCGCAAGACUGGUUUAAACACACUUACAUGCUUUACUAUCAGCACCUCAGUCUCUAACAUUGAUCAGCAUAAAACAUUCCAAGAGCUGAUAGAGUCCACAGCUUCCCACGGGGCGGCCACUGGGAGCCUGACAGCCAGUGCGUACAAAGAAGCUGAAGACACUCUACUACAAAAAUCACAACAAGAGUCUUUCACUUCAGACAUUGAACAGUUAAGAGCUGGUAAACCCCUCGCUCAUAACAGUCGCUUAAAAGCUUUGGCACCUGAAAUUGACAGUGAGACCCAGCUGAUUCGAGUUGGAGGUCGCUUACGUCACAGUACCAACCUUGAGCGAGACACUGUACAUCCCAUCGUUCUCGAUGCUAAGCAUCCAAUUACACAGCUCAUCAUACAAAGUUAUGAUGCCAAACUCCACCACCCAGGGUAUGAGAGAGUGUUUGCUGAACUUAGACGCAAGUACUGGAUUCUCCGUGGUAGGGAAGCCGUAAAGCGGUUUCAAAGAAGCUGUGUGGAGUGCCAAAAAUGGAGAAAGAAUCCAGAUAUCCCCAAAAUGGCAGACCUACCUCCAGCCAGACUACGUUUAUUCCGGCCUGCGUUCUACUCCACAGGUAUGGACUGUUUCGGUCCCUAUGCUGUCAAGGUUGGUAGGAGGACUGAAAAGAAAUGGGGUAUAAUUUUUAAGUGUCUGACCACUCGAGCAGUGUAUAUUGAUGUCCUACACAACCUUGAUGCUGACUCUUUCCUCAUGGCCCUGAGACGUUUCACUGCCAGACGUGGAACCCCCUUUGAACUAAUUUCAGAUCAAGGUACCAAUUUUAAAGGAGGAGAAAGGGAACUCAGGGAAGCCUUUGCAGCUCUUGCCCCUGAACUUCAGUCACAGUUAGCCAGACAAAAGGUCGAAUUCCGUUUCAACCCCCCAAAUGCUCCUCACUUUGGAGGCUGCUGGGAACGAGAAAUUCGUUCUCUCAAGCAGGCCCUGACAGCCACCAUUGGAGCUCAGUCAGUAACUUUUGAGGUGCUACAAACAGUGUUAAUUGAAAUUGAGGGAAUUCUAAACUCAAAACCCUUGGGCUAUACUUCCUCGGAUAUUGCAGAUCCAGACCCCAUUACUCCAAACUCCCUCUUGAUGGGGCGGCCAGAUUCCUCACUACCUCCGGUGGUAUACCCAGAAUCAGACAUCAUAAGCAGGCGGCGAUGGCGUCACAGCCAAGUCCUAGCUGACCACUUCUGGAAGCACUUCUUGAAGUUUUACCUUCCUGGACUUCAGACUCGUCAGAAGUGGCAAAACGACACAUCAGACAAUCAAGUUGGCACCACAGUGAUGAUCGUUGACCCACAGUUACCCAGAGCGCUUUGGCCAGUGGGCCGAGUGUCCGAAAUCUUCCCUGGGGCUGAUGGCAGAAGACACAAAGAUCUCAGUGUUGAGCUGUUCAUCUGCAGUAUGUCAGAGAAGAGAGGAAAAAUGAGUCUCUCACAUAAACAGAGUGUAAGAUCAGGCUCACAUGUGUCUGCGAAGAGUGACCGGUAUAACCAUGGUGACAUACCAAACUUCAGUGAGGAAAAAACAUCUAUCAAAAGAUCAGGCUCACAUGUGUCCAGUUCUGUGUCUGUGAAGAGUGACCGGUCAAAAGAAGAACCAUCAUACUUGAGUGAAGCAUCACAAACCAAACCAUAUUUGAUGCUUCAGUAUGAAACAUUAGAUCCAGAUUUACAGUCUCACAGGAACCACAAGAAUUAUACAGACAGUCUCCUGCAGAUCUUCCAGGAUCUUGAGAGCAAAGUAAUCACAUUUGUGAAGAAAGAACUGGAAAAGUUUAAGAAAAUAUUACAAACAGAGAACUUGCAAUAAUUUGUGAAGGACUUUAAUGAGAACAGAUGCAGUAUGAAAGAAGCAGCUCUUGAUCUCACGCUCUACUUCCUGAGAGAGAUGAAGCAAGAUGAAGCUGCUGAUACUCUAGAAGAUGAACUGGUCUUCAUUCAUCAGCUAAAGUGUAGCCUAAAGAAGAAGUAUCAGUGUGUGUUUGAAGGAAUUGCAAAGCAAGGUGACUCUACACUUCUGAAGAACAUCUACACAGAUCUCUAUAUCACUCAGGGUUGUAGUGAACAGGUCAAUACUGAACAUGAGGUGAGACAGAUUGAAGUUGCUUCCAGACGUCAUGAAUCACAGAAGAUACAGGUUGAGUGCAAACAUUUGUUUGAAGCACCUGAACAAGACAAGCAGAUCAGAACUGUACUGACAAAAGGAGUUGCUGGCAUCGGAAAAUCAGUCUCUGUGCAGAAGUUUGUUCUGGAUUGGGCCGAAGGAAUGGAAAAUCAAGAUAUCAGCUUCAUAUUUCCUCUUCCAUUUAGAGAGAUAAACUUAAAGAAGCAAGAAAAACUAAGUUUGAUGGACCUUAUAACUCAGUUUUUCCCAGAGACAAAAGGACUGAACCUUACAAGAAGAAAUCAAUUCAAAGUCUUGUUCAUUCUUGAUGGAUUGGAUGAAUGUCGACUUCCUGUGAACUUUAAGGAUAAUGAGACGUGGUCUGAUGUUUCAUCACCAGUCUCUCUGGAUGUUCUCCUGACGAACCUCAUCAAGGGAAAUCUGCUUCCUUCUGCUCUCAUCUGGAUCACCAGCAGACCAGCAGCUGCCAGUAAGAUUCCUCCUGACUGUAUCGACCGGCAGACAGAGAUACGAGGAUUCAAUGAUGCACAAAAGGAGGAGUACUUCAGAAAAAGAUUCACGGAUGAGAAUCAGGCCAAAGAAAUCAUUGAUCAUGUUAAACAAUCAAAGAGUCUCUUUAUCAUGUGCCACAUCCCAGUCUUCUGCUGGAUUUCAGCCACUGUUCUCCAGAACAUAUUAGAGGAGAAAAGAAAUAAUGUUGUGAAAAACAAUCAGGCUGAUGAUGCCUCGAAAACACUGCAGGAGUCAAAUACUGAAGACACUCCUAAGACUCUGACACAAAUGUACACACACUUCCUCAGAUUUCAGAUCCAGCAGAGCAGACGAAAGUAUGAUGGAGAACAUACACCAGAUGUUUCCUGGGAUAAAGAUGCCAUCUUUUUACUGGGGAAACUGGCAUUUGAUCAGCUGGAAAGAAACAAUGUGAUCUUCUAUGACACAGAUCUGGAAGCCUGUGGAAUUGAUGUCUAUAAGGCAUCAGUGUACUCAGGCAUGUGUACCCAGAUCUUUAAAGAGGAAACAGGGAUCGUUCUUGGUACCAUGUACUGCUUCAUUCACUUGAGCAUUCAAGAGUUUAUUGCAGCCCUUUAUGCACAUCUGUUUCUAGACAUCAACAAGAAAUAUGUGUUGUAAAUAGUUCAGUACAUCAAGCAGAAAUUAGAGUCUAAUCUGUCUCUAGAGAGAUCCAUCAAUCUGUUCUACUGUCUGAAUGAACUGAAUGACCAAACUCUGGUGAAAGACAUUCAGACCCACCUUAGCAAAGGAAGUCUCUCAUCUGCUGAUCUUUCACCUGCCCAGUGGUCUGCUUUGGUCUUUGUGUUGUUGAUAUCAGAGGAGGAGCUGGAGGAGUUUGAUCUUCAGAAAUUCAAGAAAUCAGACGAGUGUCUCAUUAGAUUAUCAGCAGUCAUCAAAACCUCCAAAAGAGCGCUGAAAGUUAUUGUUCUUUUGUUAAAUGAUUGUGGCUUAACAGACAAAAGCUGUCCAGCUCUGGCUACAGUUCUUGGAUCAGAUACCAGUCUGAAAGAGCUAAACAUUAACAAUAAUAAUCUGCAGGAUUUAGGAGUGAAGCUACUCUGCACUGGACUUAAGGAUAUACAUUGCAAAUUAGAGAUACUGAGGCUAAAUGAUUGUGGCUUAACAGACAAAAGCUGUCCAACUCUGGCUACAGUUCUUGGAUCAGAUACCAAUCUGAAAGAGCUGAACAAGAACAAUAAUAAUCUGCAGGAUUUAGGAUUGAAGCUACUCUGCACUGGAUUUAAGGAUAUACAUUGCAAAUUAAAGGGAAUUAGGCUGCGUGAUUGUGGUCUAACAGAGGAAAGCUGUUCAGCUCUAGCUACAGUCCUGAGAUCAAACUCCAGUCUGAAAGAGCUCGACAUGAGCAACAAUAAUCUACAGGAUUCAGGAGUGAAGAAACUCCAGAAAGGAUUAGAAAAUACAAAAUGCACAUUGGAGAAACUCAGAUUUUCAGACUGCAGUAUCACUGAAGAAGGUUAUAAAGCUCUGUCUUCAGCUCUGAGAUCAAACCUUUCACACCUGAUAGAGCUGGAUCUCAUAGGAAAUGAUCCUGGAGAAUCAGGAGUAAAGCUGCUCAGUGACUUACUACAGGAUCCAAACUGUCAACUCAGCACACUGAGACUUUCAGACUGCAGCAUCACUGAAGAAGGUUAUAAAGCUCUGUCUUCAGCUCUGAGAUCAAACCCUUCACACCUGAAAGAGCUGGAUCUCACAGGAAAUGAUCCUGGAGAAUCAGGAGUGACGCAGCUCAGUGAUUUACUACAGGAUCCAAACUGUCAACUCAAGACACUGGGGUUUUUGGGUCCUGCUGCAGAUGAAGGCUGUCAGUAUGUGACUGGAAUUGUGGGUAAAAACCCGUUACUCCUGAGAGAACUGAAUCUGAGUGGACGUAAACUAGGAGACACAGGAGUGAAUCAGAUCUCUGCUCUACUGCAGGAUAAACACUGUACACUCAACACACUGAAACUGCGUGAUUGUGGUCUAACAGAGGAAAGCUGUUCAGCUCUGGCUACAGUCCUGAGAUCAAACUCCAGUCUGAAAGAGCUUGACAUGAGCAACAAUAAUCUGCAGGAUUCAGGAGUGAAGAAACUCCAGAAAGAAUUGGAAAAUACAAAAUGCACAUUGGAGAAACUCAGACUUUCAGACUGCAGCAUCACUGAAGAAGGUUAUAAAGCUCUGUCUUCAGCUCUGAGAUCAAACCCUUCACACCUGAUAAAGCUGGAUCUCACAGGAAAUGAUCCUGGAGAAUCAGGAGUGAAGCUGCUCAGUGAUUUACUACAGGAUCCAAACUGUCAACUCAAGACACUGAGAUUUUUGGGUCCUGCUGCAGAUUACGGCUGUCAGUAUGUGACUGGAAUUGUGGGUAAAAACCCAUUACUCCUGAGAGAGCUGAAUCUGAGUGAACAUAAACUACGAGACACAGGAGUGAAUCAGAUCGCUGCUCUACUGCAGGAUAAACACUGUAGACUCAACACACUGAUGUUGAGCCACUGUGAUUUGACAGAUGAAGGUUGUUCUGCUUUGACUUCAGCUCUGAAAUCAAACCCAUCACAUCUGAGAGAACUGAACCUGAGCAGGAAUAAACUACUAGGAGACUCUGGAGUGAAACACCUCAGUGAUCUACUGAUGAACACACAAUUCAAGCUGGAGAAACUAGAUCUGUGUGGAUGCAGUAUUACAGAGAAACAGUGUCUCAUCCUGACUUCAGCUCUGGAAUCAAACCCAUCACACCUGAGAGAACUGAACCUGAGCUGGAAUAAACUACUAGGAGACUCUGGAGUGAAACACCUCAGUGAUCUACUGAUGAACACACAAUUCAAGCUGGAGAAACUAGAUCUGUGUGGAUGCAGUAUUACAGAGAAACAGUGUCUCAUCCUGACUUCAGCUCUGGAAUCAAACCCAUCACACCUGAGAGAACUGAACCUGAGCAGGAAUAAUCUAGGAGACUCUGGAUUGAAAAACCUCAGUGAUCUACUGAUGAACACACAAUUCAAGCUGGAGAAACUAGAUCUGUGGGGAUGCAGUAUUACAGAGAAACAGUGUCUCAUCCUGACUUCAGCUCUGAAAUCAAACCCAUCACACCUGAGAGAACUGGAUCUAAGCGUGAAUAAACUACUAGGAGACUCUGGAGUGAAAAACCUCAGUGAUCUACUGAUGAACACACAAUUCAAGCUGGAGAAACUAGAUCUGCGUGGAUGCAGUAUUACAGAGAAACAGUGUCUCAUCCUGACUUCAGCUCUGAAAUCAAACCCAUCACACCUGAGAGAACUGAACAUGAGCAGGAAUGAACUACUAGGAGACUCUGGAGUGAAACACCUCAGUGAUCUACUGAUGAACACACAAUUCAAGCUGGAGAAACUAGAUCUGAGUAGAUGCAGUAUUACAGAGAAAGAGUGUCUCAUCCUGACUUCAGCUCUGAAAUCAAACCCAUCACACCUGAGAGAACUGGACCUGAUCGGGAAUCAAAUAAAAAACCCAGGACUGAAUCACUUAUGUGACGUACUGAAGGAUUCACGCUGUAAACUGGAGAGAUUGAGUCUUUGUGACUGUGACAUUACAGAUGUUUCUUCUUUAACUCAGUCUUUGACAAACACAAAAGCUCUGCAGUUUCUAAAACAGCUUGAUCUGAGACGCAAUAAGAUUAGAGACUCAAAGCAGAAGCUCAUUGAUGUGCUACGAGACUCAAACUGUGAACUGAUGUGA